AAUGUUGUCGCAACUCGGCCGAAAUAUGGAACCACCUGCCGGUUCUAAACGAGACGGCCGCGUUAUGGCGAACAGAACAGAACGUGAAAUUGGCGGGUACGAAGCAGAAUUCGUUACAACUUUACCCGACGAAUACGAGUGUCCGAUCUGUCAGUUGGCUUACCGCGAUCCAGUGCAGUUGGAAGAUUGCGGACAUCGCCUGUGUUAUUCCUGUUUGCAAGAACUACGACGAAGACAAGGAGAAUGUUGUGUUUGCCCGUUAGACCGGAGGCCAGUCUCUGCAUCAAAGCUGUUCUUCGACAAGGCAGCGAAAAGAGCCAUCUUAAGUCAAAUGGUCAAAUGUUGUAACUGGAAAAGAAAAUGCGAUUGGUCCGGUGAGCUGAGCAGCUUAGAGGAUCACUUGAAAAACUGCAAUUUCGAAGAGAUACAGUGCACCAAUGCUGGAUGUGAUGAAAUGUUACACAGACGAGCGCUACAAUAUCAUCUCAGCGCAAAAUGCAAGUUGAGAACGGUCUCUUGUUCAUUCUGCAGCGAAACGUAUUGUUAUAAGGAUAACAAGGUACAUAUGAAACGGUGCAAGAGACUUCCGUUGGAGUGCUUAAACAAAUGUGGCAAGAAAGAUAUCCCAAGAGAAGAGAUGUCAGUCCAUCUCAACGGAUGCCCGCAGGCCACUAAUCCUUGUUCCUAUGCAGACAUUGGUUGUGACUUUAAGGGUAAACGGGACAAUUUAGAAGAUCACAACAAAACAGCCGUGCAGAAACAUUUGCAGUUGGCGUGCUAUAAAAUACGCGAAAACGAGAGCAGAACCGUGUGCGUGGAUGGCAUGUACAUCUGGAAAAUAAACAACUACAGAAAGCAGAUGGACGAGUCGCUUGCAUCAGAGGAGGAAACGGCGAUAUUCAGUCCGGCGUUCUAUACCAGUCAAUAUGGAUACAAACUUAAAUUGAAGGCGUACCUCAAUGGACGGGAUCGAGGACGAGGGACACAUCUUUCCUUGUACAUCAUCAUUAUGAAAGGGGAUUACGACGCUCUUCUUGACUGGCCGUACAACAUGAAAGUGACAUUCUAUUUGUUGGAUCAAAGCGACAGGCGUCAACAUCGCUCGCACACGCUGAGUCCCAAUCUCUCUUUGCCCAAUAUCAAGGUCGUCUUCAACAGACCGAUAGGUAAAGAGAAUCUCGGCAUAGGAAACCCAUGUUUCGUUCCAAACGAACUGCUGGAGUCAGGUGGCUUUGUACAAGAUGAUACCAUCUUUAUAAAAGUCGUCCUGAGUUCUCGGACAAACAUUGACUGAAACUUCUUUGUCAGUAGAGAAUAGCAAUUAUACAAGCAAUUGCGGCAAUAGAAGCGGCAUUAGAAAAUAUUGGGCUAUUCAUUGAGUUUCUUCAAAAAACCCGAAAUUUUUUGUUUAUACUCAUAUCAUAAAAAUCUGAUUGGUUGAUGAAAAUACGGUUCCGGUAUGAGUAGGUUUUCAGCAAAGAGUUCCUCAAAAUAUCUGCAUGAUGAACUCUGCGUACGUUAAUCCACUGCUUAAUAGAAAAGGAAUUGCUCAAUAUUUUUCUUCACGCUUCUAUAUAGCAGUCAGUGUAAAACAUCCACCAAGGAACAAUGAAUUAAAAACACAAUUAAGUAGUGGUUGAAUAUCAAACUCAUUCUAUGAAAUGAUUAUCUUAUUUAUAGGCACAAAAGUAAUGCAUAUUGCAUAGUAUGCCAUGAUGAAUUGUAUAAAAAUAGGUACGCUAAGCGUACGUGAAUCUGCGUGCGGCAAGCAGGUUACUGAGGUUAGGGACCUUUAAGCAUAUAGGAUGGAAGCACGAGGAUGGCGACUAUCAAUACAAUUGGUCGCUAGAAAGAUACAAAUAUUUAAAGACGUAUGAGAGUUUCAUAUACGUUUUCAACUACAUAGAAUGUAGUUCCUUUAUAAUGGAAAUUAUUCCAAAAAAAUAUAAUGGAUUAUAUAGUCGCUCGAAAUGACGUAUCAUAUCAACGCAAUCUGCGUUUUCAGGUGCAUGGAGUGCAAAAAAUGUAAUUUUGUACUAUUUUGAUGUUUUGAACUUUAACUUUUAACUGUGCAUAAGUUCUGAAGAUCCGUAAACCGCCUGCUAAAUGCUGCGGGAAAACGGUGAUAUUUACUUAGUUUUAUACGAUUAUAUAUUUGUUUCCGAAAAUUAUUGAUUUAUCUGAAAUCCUAUACAUUAAGACAUUGUGGUACAUAAGAAAAGCGUUUGGUUAGUUUAUCAAACUUUAUAGUUGCUUAUUAGACUUAGAGUAGAGUUGUUCUAAUUGACUACCUUUAAUUUAUUUAAGGUUAAGAGAUAAAAUUAUAUGUAUAGUCUAUAGUCAUGGAGCUUUCUAUUAAUUCCAUCC